CCGGGCCGGAGGGCGGGAAAGGGAAGGAGAAGGAAAGCAGCCGCUGGGUGAAACCCCCCGCCCCGUCCCCCGAGCUGCCGCCAACCCCUGGCGGCGAGGGACGGAGGCAGAGCCGAGGCGCGAGGCAGCUCCGCUCCCUCGCCGUGCCAGGGAGGCAGGAGGAGGCGUGUCCCCUCCCCGGCUCCGCGGAGCCGCUCUCUCUCCAGCUCGCCUCCGAGCAGACAGCGGGGAGAGCGGAGGAGGCAGCGGAGCGGGGCUCUCCCUUCCUCCCGGGCCCCGCGGCGGCACCAUGCCCGCGGCGCCGCCUCCGCGGGCCGCCCGCAGCAGCAGCCGGGCACGGGGAGCCCCGACGCCCGCAGCCGCGCCCAGCGGGCUCCCGGGCUCUCCCUCCGCGCCCCACUGAAAGCGGCAGCUCCCAGCGCCGCAGCUUGCCUGGGUCUCCCUCCGCCCCGGGGCGCGGGCAGCCGCUGGCUCCGAGGGGGCGCACGCAGCUCUCGCCGGGGACCCGCCUCUCCCCGCCCGCGGGGGGCUGCAGCCGGGGUCCCCGAGCCGGGGCCAGCAGCCGCCUCUGGCUCCCCCGCCCCGCGCAAGCCAUGAACUUUGGCCGGGGCCGCUCGGUGGUGUUGAACGUGGGGGGCACCCGCUACUCCUUCUCCCGCGAGGUGCUGAAGGACUUCCCGCUGCGGCGGGUGAGCCGGCUGCACGGCUGCCUCUCGGAGCAGGACGUGCUGGAGGUGUGCGACGACUACGACCGGGAGCGCAACGAGUUCUUCUUCGACCGCCACUCGGAGGCCUUCGGCUUCAUCCUGCUCUACGUGCGGCACGGCCACCUGCGCUUCGCGCCGCACAUGUGCGAGCUCUCCUUCUACAACGAGAUGAUCUACUGGGGGCUCGAGUGCUCGCACCUGGACGACUGCUGCCAGCGCCGCCUGGACGACCGCAUGGCCGACACCUACACCUUCUACUCGGCCGACGAGCCCGGCGACGGCGGCGAGGACACGCGGCCCCCGGCCGAGCCCCCGCCCGCAGCCGAGGGCAGGAAGUGGCUGGAGAGGAUGAGGCGGACUUUCGAGGAGCCCACCUCGUCCGUGGCCGCCCAGAUCCUGGCCACGGUCUCCAUCCUCUUCGUCAUCGUGUCCAUGGUGGUGCUGUGCGCCAGCACCCUGCCCGAGUGGCGGGCGGCGGAGAACCGCAGCGUGGAGGAGCACAGCAGGUACACAGCAGACUCAGUGAGGGAGCCCUCCGGGAUCAUUGAAGCUAUCUGCAUAGGCUGGUUCACUGCAGAGUGCAUUGUGAGGUUCAUCAUCUCCAAAAACAAGUGUGAGUUUGUGAAGAGACCCCUGAACAUCAUUGAUUUGCUGGCAAUCACUCCUUACUACAUCUCUGUGCUAAUGACAGUUUUCACAGGGGAAAAUUCUCAACUCCAAAGGGCUGGAGUCACUCUGAGGGUUCUUAGGAUGAUGAGGAUUUUUUGGGUGAUUAAACUUGCCCGUCACUUCAUUGGUCUUCAAACACUUGGUCUGACUCUGAAGCGUUGUUACAGAGAGAUGGUGAUGCUUCUUGUCUUCAUUUGUGUUGCUAUGGCAAUUUUUAGUGCACUUUCACAACUCCUUGAAAAUGGACUGGACUUGGGAACAAAGAAUAAGGAUUUUUCCAGCAUCCCUGCUGCCUGUUGGUGGGUAAUAAUCUCGAUGACCACAGUUGGUUAUGGUGACAUGUGCCCCAUCACUGUACCUGGAAGGAUUCUUGGUGGAAUUUGUGUGGUUAGUGGGAUUGUUUUAUUAGCAUUGCCUAUUACUUUCAUCUAUCAUAGCUUUGUGCAAUGUUAUCAUGAGGUCAAGUUCCGAUCUGCUAGGUAUAGCAGAAGCCUCUCUGCUGAAUUCUUAAAUUAAUGUGUGCGCCUGCUUUUUGUAAUAGUACUUGCUAACCUUUGGUGGAAGAGGUGAUGGAUGCGCACCCAUCUUGCCAGAUGAUCUAAGGAACAGCAUUGUCAUCAGCCUUGAAGGAUGUCAGUCACCAUUCUCAUCUGAAGGAUGACUACCUGCUUUGGGCCCCAUGGUAGGGAGUGUGGGUGGGGAUGUUGAGAUCUGAGAGGAAGAAAAUGGUAGCUUCUAGAACAACAAUGGGACUGGAAAGUUCAAGACCUCAUGGGGGCUGGACUUCUCUCUGCCUAUCCAGACAACUACACACACACAAAUCAUGGGCUCCCUCAGUGGGAGUUGCAGGUACUCACCUCUCCUCAUACUGAUAUCCCAUAGCCUUCCAAGGAAAAUAUAACAGAUGUCAUUCAAAUAUUUUAAAAUCUAAAAGAUCCCUUGGAGGAGUAGAGACCUUGUUGACACGAAGCCCGCUCCAGAAGAGUUGAGAAAAUUGGAGCAGAAUUGCUGUUACUUUUAAUUCCUCCAAGUCAUGCAGCAGAUGGAAUAAUCUGACCCUACGACUGAAGGAAGAG